GACGGGGCCCCGAUCUCGGCCAGGGUCUGUGCCCCCAUCGUUACUGCACCGGAGCCUGACCCCUUGUCCCUGCCCUCGCGCCACAGUGAACAGCCUGGGCAUCAGUGAGGACCUGAAGGAGAAGCUACGGGACGUGAUGGUGGACCGGCACAAAGUGGCCCUGGGGAAGACCCUGGGUGAAGGCGAGUUCGGCUCCGUCAUGGAAGGGCAGCUCAACCAGGACGACAGCGUCCUCAAGGUGGCCGUCAAGACCAUGAAGAUCGCCAUCUGCACCCGCAGCGAGAUGGAGGAUUUCCUGAGCGAGGCCGUCUGCAUGAAGGAGUUCGACCACCCCAACGUCAUGAAGCUCCUGGGGGUGUGUCUGCAGAGCACGGAGAGCGAGGGCUACCCCUCGCCCGUGGUCAUCCUGCCCUUCAUGAAACAUGGCGACCUGCACAGCUUCCUUCUCUACUCCCGGCUCGGGGACAGCCCCUUGUACCUGCCCACGCAGACGCUGGUGCGGUUCAUGGCCGACAUCGCCAGCGGGAUGGACUAUCUCAGCAGCCGGAACUUCAUCCACCGGGACCUGGCCGCCCGCAACUGCAUGCUGAACGAGAACAUGAACGUCUGCGUGGCCGACUUCGGCCUGUCCAAGAAGAUCUACAACGGCGACUAUUACCGCCAGGGCCGCAUCGCCAAGAUGCCCGUCAAGUGGAUCGCCAUCGAGAGCCUGGCUGACCGCGUCUACACCACCAAGAGCGACGUGGUGAGCCCGGCGGGCGGGUGGGCGACGGCUACCGACCCCUCCUGCCGGCUACCGGCCCUCCUGCACGGCUACCGACCCCUCCUGCACGGCUACCGACCCCCCCUGCCGGCUACCGGCCCUCCU